AUGGUGCCAAGUAACCAAACUACUGUGGUGACAGAGUUUCUCUUCUCUGGAUUUCCCCAACCUGAAGAUGGCAUCUUCUUCUUCAUUCCUUUGCUCCUCAUCUACAUAUUCAUCAUAACUGGGAACCUCACUGUGUUUUUUGCAGUCAGGAUGGAUUCCCGUCUCCACAACCCCAUGUAUAAUUUCAUCAGCAUUUUCUCAUUUCUGGAGAUUUGGUACACAAGUGCCACGAUUCCCAAAAUACUCUCCAACCUUAUCAGUAAGCAGAGGACCAUCUCCAUGAUUGGCUGCCUCCUACAGAUGUACUUCUUCCAUUCGCUGGGCAAUUCCGAGGGCAUUUUGCUGACCACCAUGGCUAUUGACAGGUACGUUGCCAUUUGUGACCCUCUCCGCUACCCAACCAUCAUGACCCCCCAGCUGUGUGCUCAGCUCUCUGCAGGGUCCUGCAUCUUUGGCUUUCUCGUACUGCUCCCAGAGAUUGCGUGGAUUUCUACCCUGCCCUUCUGCGGCCCCAACCACAUCCAUCAGAUCUUCUGUGACUUUGAACCUGUGCUGCGUUUGGCCUGCACAGACACCUCCAUGAUCCUGAUUGAGGAUGUGAUCCAUGCGGUGGCCAUCAUCUUCUCAGUCUUGGUUAUUGCCAUUUCUUAUAUAAGAAUCAUCACUGUGAUCCUGAGGAUCCCCUCUGUUGAAGGCCGCCACAAGGCUUUCUCUACCUGCGCAGCCCAUCUUGGGGUCUUCCUGAUGUUCUAUGGCAGCGUGUCCCUCAUGUACCUACGAUUCUCAGCCACUUUCCCACCAAUUUUGGACACAGCCAUUGCAAUAAUAUUUGUCAUUCUUUCUCCUUUUUUCAACCCUAUCAUCUACAGUUUGAGAAAUAAGGACAUGAAAGUAGCCAUUAAGAAGCUUUUCUCA